UCCCGGCCACCGCGGGCGUUGGGCAGCUCGGGGAAGCGGGAAUCGUUAAGCUUGUUACGAACCCGCUACCCGAUGGCCCAGGCAUCUCGCUCCGGUGGCCCCCUGCCUCCACUCACGACCGCGUCCCCGCUGUGGGCACAGCCUGGGGGCGCUGGGGAGGAGCCCUGGGAGGGAAGACGCGAGGCUGCUCUCCGCCGGGAGGUUCGUGGCUGCCCUCGGCUGCCAGUUGCCGGGAGCAUCCCCUGCCUGGACCCCCGGCCCGGCGGAGCUCUGUGGUGGCCAACGCCCAAGGACGCGGGCGAGGACCACGAGGCUGGCUCUGCGGACUGGAGGCGGGAGCCGGCGGCUGGCGGCCCGAUGCCUCCCGCGCUGCAGCGUCUCCGGGUCGUGCUGUUGCGGCUGCACCGCGAGCGGGAGCAGCUCCUCCAGGCCCGGGACUGCGCCCGCCACCUACAAGCGGCCGUGCGCCUCCUGCGGACCCUGUGUGCCUGCUCGCCAUUCCCCGGCUCUGGCGCCUGGUCCCAGCUGUGCCGCGACCUGCGGCUGCACGCUCCCCGAGGGGUGCACCAGCGAAUCGGCCUUCGGGAGACUCCCGAGCCGCUCCUCCUAGCGCGCCCCAUCGGACUAGCAGCCCAGCGCCUAGAUGCCGCCAUCGAGAUGCAGCUUCGCGCUCUGGGUCGGGCGCCCGCCAGCCCGGGUCUGUCCUCCCAACUCGCCGAACUGCUGCAGUCACUUCCCACCUACCAUGAGCUGCAGGGAAAAGCCAUGAGCCACGUUCCUGGGGCAGCUCGCCCUUUCCCCCCAGCCCGUGUGCUCCGCCUCCUGGCGGAGGAACGAGGUUGCCAGGUGGCAAGGCGGCUUAAUGAGGCGCUCAGUGGAUCCGGCUUAAAGGACCAGCUCCGCAGGCGGUGCCAGGAGGAACGGGAGCUGCUACCAGGGCUUCUGGGCCUGGUGGGGGACAUGGCGGGUGCCGCCGGCGGGGCACUGGGACUUGGAGGGGCUGGAGCCCUGUGGAGCCAAUAUUGGACCCUGCUGUGGGCAGCCGGUGCUCAGAGUCUGGACCUAAGUCUGGGAUCCUGGAGAGACCCCGAGGCAGCGGCACGACAGCUGAGUCAGGCACUGGGUCAGGCGUCCCUGCCUCAGGAGUGUGAGAAGGAGCUGGCUUCCUUGUGUCACAGCCUGCACCAUCAGUCCCUUGUCCGGAGCUGGGACCAAGGUUUCUGCCAGGCCUUGGGGUCAGCCGUCAGGGACCAGAACAGCCUCCCGGCAUCCUCUCACACUAUGCAGUUGUUGCAACAGCUCUUUCCUCCUCUCUUGGACGCCCUCCGAGAACCAGGGUCAGGACUGCUCUUCUGUCGGCCUCCAGGUCCUGCACCCACGGCCCUGGGGCUCUGUACCCUGCAGACCACCUUGCUCUGGUUCUUGGGAAGGACUCAGCGGCACCUGGCAGCAUGGGCCCCACGUUCCUUCCUGCUUCUGAUCCAAAAGGACUUACCUCCUCUACUGUGUGAGGUGGAGGCUCUGUCUAGGUUGGCCUCAGAGGAAAGCUCAGCUCUGGAGGUGGAGCAGCAGCUGAGCGUGGAGAUCCAGAUGUUGGCUGCGCAGAUCCAGCUCCUGCCUGAAGAGUCACUAGGUCUCUUUUUUCAAGAGUGUCACAAACAAGCAACACAAGGCUUCGAGCUCCACAUGCCACGGGGUCGGUACUGGCGGCUUCGACUCUCUUCCGAACUUCCCAGCGUUCCUAGUGAGUAUGCUGGAUUUGUGGUCCGCACUGUACUGGAGCCUGUGUUGCAAGGACUGCAGGGAUUGCCACCCCAAGCCCAGGCCCCUGUCCUCGGUCCCACACUGACAGCCAUCCUGCGUGCCUGGCUUGACCACAUCCUCACCCAUGGGAUCCGGUUCAGCCUGCAGGGGGCGCUGCAGCUCAGACAGGACUUUGGAGUGGUCAGGGAGUUGCUGGAAGAGGAGCAGUGGGGCCUGUCCCCAGAACUUCGCCAAAGUCUAUUCAUGCUCAGCAUCUUCCAGCAGCUGGAUGGGGCCCUGCUGUGCUUGCUGCAGCAGCCCCCGCCCAAGACUCGAGUCCACAGGAGGUCCCCUUGGUGCUGUGCUUGUAAUGACGUCCAGACCACGGAACUACCCAGCAGCAGCCUCAACAGCCUGGAGAGCUUGGAGCCCCCUCUUCGGUCUGGAGCACUCCCAGCCCAGACAGCUCAGCUGCUAAGCACCCUGGGGGGAGGAGGACCUAGCCCUGAGGCUUACCUGGUGGGAAAUCAGCAGGCCUGGCUUGCCCUGAGGCAGCACCAGCACUCUCGUUGGCACCUGCCUUUUCUUUCCUGCCUGGGCAUCAGUCCUGAAUCCUAAGGAGCCUGAAG